AUGAAGAGAAACAUAAAUUUUUCUCUAAUUUUUUUCCUGUCUUUGUUAUUGUUUACUUUUGUCACCUUCUCUGUGGAUGCAAGGAAGACUAACAUGAAGAAAAAACUUCACAAACAUCACAAAGACUCACAUCCUCAUCCAACACAAGUAAACACUUAUGAUAUUAUGUCUUUUGGUGCAAAGGGCAAUGGAGUUUUUGAUGAUUCAAAGGCAUUUUUAGCUGCAUGGAAAUCUGCAUGCAAAGUUGUUGGUGCCACAAUAAAAGUUCCUGAAAAAUUCAAGUACCUCAUUAAGGCCAUUACUCUACAAGGCCCUUGUAUGCCUAAUCUUACUCUUCAGAUAGAUGGAACAAUAUUGGCUCCUCCUGAAGUAACUUCAUGGCCAAAACCUAGUUUGUUUCAAUGGAUAAAUUUCAAAUGGGUGCAAAACUUCACUAUCAAAGGCUAUGGAACUAUUGAUGGUCAAGGCUUUAACUGGUGGAACAACUCAGAACUUUCUGAUAUACAGAAAACUCACUCUAAACAAAUUCCAAGUAUGAAGCCAACGGCUAUAAGAUUCUACUCUAGUAACCUUAUAAGGGUUAGAGAUAUCAAAAUAAUAAACAGUCCUCUAUGCCAUCUAAAAUUUGAUAACUCAAAUGGAAUCAAAGUUGAUAACAUUACAAUAUCUUCUCCUCAAAGUAGCCCAAAUACUGAUGGAAUUCACCUGCAAAACACACAUGAUGUAGAAAUUCAACAUUCUAAUAUCGGAACCGGUGAUGACUGUGUGUCCAUACAGACCGGUUGUUCUAAUGUUCAUGUCCACCACAUAAAAUGUGGCCCUGGUCAUGGCAUAAGUUUAGGAGGAUUAGGAAAAGACAAAAGUUUGGCAUGCGUCUCUGACAUCAUUGUUGAGGACAUUGCAAUGAAAAAUACUCUAUAUGGAGCAAGGAUCAAAACAUGGCAGGGAGGAAAUGGCAUGGUUAAAAAUGUAACAUUUUCAAGGAUCAAAGUGCAUGAUGUUAUGUAUCCAAUAAUGAUAGACCAAUAUUAUUGUGACAAACAAACAUGCAAGAACCAAACAGGAACAGUGAUGAUUUCUGGUGUUAAAUUUGAUCAAAUAAGUGGUACCUAUGCAAUGCAACCAGUUCAUCUAGCUUGCAGCAAUUCCAUACCAUGCACAGAUGUUGAUUUAACUGAUAUUCAGUUAAGGCCUUCCACUAAAUAUAGAGGCUAUGAACAAGCUAUGUGUUGGAACUCUUAUGGAAAAUCACAAGGUGAAUUGGUGCCUUCAAGUAUUGAUUAUUGUUUGAGAAGUGGUGGUGGGUUAAUCAAGAGGAUAGCAAAGUCACGUGAUAGUGUGUGUUAUAAGUUGUUGUAG